AUGGCCACGCACGACCAUUCACGAGCGAUCAUCGGCUCACUGUUCACGCCUCCGCCCGGAUCGAGCGCGCCACGUGAGCUUGGCCCGGGAGAGAGACGACGCUGUCGGACUGGGCCGUUCAGCGAGACUGAUGAGACCUCCUUGGGCCGCAGCGAAUGAUCGUUAUGUCGCGUAUUGUCCGACGUGGGAGGUCGUCCCACCCAUCAACGCCCAGCCGGGUCAACCACCCCCGAUCAAAGCGCGCUUCCUCAUCCUCUCCGGUCCGUCCCCAUACAACAACCGAGCCUCGGCAUGCAGAGCAACCCACCUCGCUGACCCCUCGUCUUUUGUUUUCACCGCUCCACCAGCCGCGAGGGAUGGCCGACUCAGGUUGCACAAGGCGAAACAGAACUCGAACGGCACCUUCUCGAUCGGCAAGACCUGGCCGCUCGAGCAGCUCACUCAGGUCGAGGUCGCAAAGGUGAGCCAUGAGCCAGUCGAAAGGGUAUACUUCGAAUUCAACGGUGAGGCUGAUCGUGCAGCUUGGGUGCUCAGCGUAUGGUCGACGGAUACCCGAAUCCGCAGGUCAGUCUUCGUCUUCGUCUUCGCUCCCCCCACAUGCGCUCCGGGCCUCAACUGACCACAGAAGCUACGCUCCCCUCCCCUCCCCCAGCCGCUCGAAUUCGUCCUCACCAUCGCCGGUAAAGCCUACCGAUACAAGACCAACAUGCCCUCGUCCCAACAGGCCGCCUUUCUCGUCACCGUCGUGCGAUGUUGGAGGAGGUUCAUGAACGGUGAAGCUGCGCGCUUUGACUCGUUGACUGUCCCACGAGCAGCUCACUCACACCUCUCGACAUGCGCCGUUCGCUGCAGGUCGAGGUCAACCCGAUCUGGUCUUGCUCGGAUUCGCAGUCGACAACGCGCAACCCUCCACCUUCCCCGCCUCGCCUCAUCUCGGAGGCGCUUCACAACCGUUAGCUAUGAGCCCGCGGACGCGAACGCCUUCCGGCCCCAGUCCGGGCCACGACUUCCAUCGACCCGGAUCAUCGGCUUCGAGCGUCUCGAACGGAAGCGGGAGGCGACCCGUCCCACAAAACCACGCCUCCCCCCUUCCGAUGCCCCCCGUCCAAGCAGCGAUGAUGAUGGUUCCUUCCAACACCUCCUCUCCCCUCGGCGGAUCCGGUCCCGCACCGAACCAAGGUCCACGCUCAAGAGAUCCAUCAAUCCAAUCCAAUUACCGAAUCGACGCCGCCCCUCCUCCACCACCACCACCACCACCCAUGGGUAAUCUACAACCACCGAAUUCAUCCACCACUUUGAACUCGAUUCCCACUUUCCAAAAUUCGUUCGGUGCACUCGCUCCAACGCCGAGAAGACCUUCCUCCCCUUCGACGAGAAACCCCCUCGUUACUUCCCCCUCCCCCUCUUCUUCUUCGAAUGGACCACCUACUACAAUACCGAUAGGUACGAACGCGUCCAAUCUACGAAGACCAAGCGGUCAAGCACCCCCGAUGUCAGCUUCGACGAACUCCAUGUCCGUCGUCAGCGCGUCGUCGUCGGCGGCGGCAGCGGCGAAAGCGAGUUCGCAAAAGUUGGAGAUCAGGGCUAGGUUGGGAGAGAGGAAGCGAUCCGUCGCGGCGGCGCAGGGGUUGAAGAUUUCGGCCGUUAGGGCCAAUCAGCCGAUCGGAGCGGAGGGAGGGCCCAACAGUAGUUCGCCUGGGACACCGGCGGUGCCCGGUUCGUCGACGAGUUUACACUUUGCGGGCGUCGGGAAGGUCGAGGGGAUUGGAGGUGCGGGUCCGUCCAAGAUGCCGGGUACGGUCGGCGUCAAGAAGCUCAAGACGGCGGAUGAGAUGGUUGAUGAUGAGACCGUUUUGAUGAACGUUGAGGAGAUGUUGGAGGGUUUCGAAUGGAGAGGAGCGGGGAUCGGCAUAUCCUCCGGCGACGGAACCUCCUUUGGGUCUUCUUCGGUUCGAAGACAAGGUGCUGCGAGGGCCGACGAGAUUGAGAAACGGCUCAUUGGCGAAUUGAAGGCUUUGGAAGCGGCGUCGAUUCAUGCGAUUAUGGAAUCCGACGAUCGCGUCGAGGACGUCGUCAAAUGUUUGGAUCAGACCUUGGCCGAGUUGGAGGUCAUGGAGUUGACGAUGGGCAUGUACAAGACGCAGUUGAAUGUGGGUCACUCGAACCGAGUGUGUGGGGGUAUUCAGGGUGUUUUCUUGAAUGAAGUGACUCACUUGGAGUGUGUUAUUUUUUUUAUUUUUUAUUUUUUCUCUCGCAGUUGAUGACGGACGAUAUUGCGCACAUCGAGUCCCAGAACCGAGGUUUGCAAGUCCAGACUUCGAACCAACGUCAACUCUUAUCCGAGAUCGACAAGCUCAUGUCGACGAUCCACAUCCCCGAAGAAGACCUCGCCGCCCUGGCCCAGGAAUCACUCGAAUCGACCUCCGGAAUCGAGAGGCUCGAGAGAGCGGCCGUGUCGUUGUACAAAGCCCUCUUGUCGACGCGGGAUACGGAGAUGCUCGUCGCGUCCGAACGGGUCGCCGAAUACCGCGCGACCGCGACCAGAUUCUCAAAGAGGGUCUUGGACUUUCUCACCAUCAUGUUCAAGUUCCAAGUCGAUGGCGUGCUGCAUCCCAAGGACCCCAAGAUGAAAAAGGACGGGACCUUGCCGGCGCAUGAACAGUUGGAAGAGUUCUUGGGCAGGUAUUGCGGCAUCAUGCUUUUCGUCAAGGAGAUUGAAUUCGAGCGGUACGAGGAGAUUUGUUCGGUACGUUUCUUCGAGCGGGCCCGAGGCGCGCGCGGCCGUUCGUUGUCGGUCCGUGGUCGUGGGUAUUGAAGAUUCGGGAUCUUUGAUGCAGACCUACCACUGCGUCAUGUCCGAUCUUUACCGUUCCGAAAUCCAAGAACUUCUCGCGUCCUUCAAGGCGGGGAUUCGCAAGACCCCCGAAGAUGAAUUGGAAGCGAUGCACUUCGCGAGCAAGGAAUCGCCGACGUUGAGGCAGCAUUCGAUAAGGAGGCCUGGGACGCUCGUUCGAAGUGUGGCUGAUGGGGGUAGGAAGAGGGAGGAUAGUGAGGGUAGUAAGGAGGCAAAGAUGAGCGCUAGUGAGGUGAGUGCGAGCGACAGCGAGAGGAUGCAAUUCCUAUGUUGUUGGAGAGAAAUGCAUUUGCUGAAUCCAUGCUGCGAUUCUGGCAGGCGUUUGGUCGAGCACUAGAACAAAUCGUGCCCCACGUCCAACGCGAACAAGGCUUCCUCGCCGACUUCCUGCACGUCAACUCCCUCGAAGCCUCCAUCACUUUUGCCGACUACAUGAUGCUCGAGACCUUUUUCCGAAGAGCGGCUACGCAGCAUUUGAACGCCAACUUUGGCAAGAUGAAGGAUAUCAAGGGCUCGAUGGAGUUGGUGUGCAAGUUCUUGGAGAACGAGUUGAAGGAAUGGAUCGAGGGGGUGUUGAGGAUGGAUCCGAUGUGAGUUUCUCUUCGAUUGAGCAAAGAGGAAGAGGAUUGGUGCGCUAAUUUAAGACGUUUGUGUUUGUUGAACAGGCAAAUUGUCGGGAUCAUUGCGACGCUCGAUCGGUUCAUCUUGCAAUGCGAGGCGGAGAGGAUCGAGUUCUUGUUGCGGCUGUUCCAGCGCCAGCAUUCGAAAUCCAUCUCGUCGCUCGAGCGGCAGAUCGUACGUUCGUUUCAUCCUUUACGAUCCAAUGGGGCGCACCACUGACCUCACGUGGAUCCUGCGACGACGAGCAGAAGGAACAAAUCAAAGGGAUCGAACAAACCAAGCUCACGCUCAAAAAGCGCAAAGGCGUCGUACCCUUCGUGCGCGUGUUCCCCAUCUUCGUCGCACGCAUCGAGGCCCAACUCGAAGGCUGUGAUGAUUUGCCGAUCAGGGAUGUGGUGGAUGGACAUUACGAGAGCGUCACGAGUACGAUGAUGGAUUGUUUGCAGCAGAUGGCCAAGAUGGAUGGCGAGGGUCAGGGUGGGGAAGGCAAGGAUCAAUUGAAUUAUCAUGUCAUUCUCAUUGGUGAGUUCGGAUUUUUGGCACGAGCGUCGAGCUCGGGGGGUGUGACUGACGACUAGUUGUUGACCGCAUCGAAUAGAAAAUAUGCACCACAUCAUCGCCGUCUUCUCGAAGCAGCAGCGCGUGCUCGCGCUCGAACCGUUCGUCGGGCAAGCGAAGGAGAAGUACACGCAGAAUCUGGAUGCCUACAUCCGCCUCAUCCUGCGACGACCUCUGGCUCGCGCUUUGGUGGGUUCAUUAAUCGUGCAGCCUAUACGUGAUCGCUGCGAUCGGGGUCGAUAUUUGACUCGUCACUUGCCAAAUUGGGCCCCACAGGACUUUUUCACCGGCCUCGAACAACUACUGCGCACGACACCACCGAACGAAGUCUCCCUCCACUCGGCCUACACCAAAGCCGCCGUCCGGCGAGCGCUGAGUGACUUACGCGCUAAGGACGUUAGGAAAGCCGUCGAUGGGUUGUACAAGCGCGUCGAUAAGCAUUUUGGAGGGGAAGUUACGCAUCAGGCGGCGCAGCAUUCCGAGGUGCUCAAGACGGUUUGGAAGGCGUGCGAGGACGAAAUGUUGAGGAUGUCCGGGGGGUGGAGGGCACUGUUGGAGAGAUGUUAUUCGGUACGUUCUUGGGGGUGAGGACUCGGUGUUCGUUGGGUUGGUGAGAGUAUUGUUUUCUGAUCGGACCUUUUUCCACUUUGGCAGGACGACAAGGUCGGGUUGGACUUUUCGGCGACGGACGUGACAGAAUUCUUCAGGAAGGCCCAGUCCGCAUGA